AUGAUUUAUUUGCACUACAGAGGCGUUCGAUGCAUCAGCCUAUGGCCCAAGCCGGAGAACCGAGAGGCCACUCCACACGUGGCAGCCACAGUGUCCAAGGACGUGCUAGCUGUGUCUGAGAUUGGAAUUGAUGGAGUGAGUCUUCAAGUUCCCGAGCUUUGGAAGAGGACCGAUCCACAUGAAGGUGUGGGUGAUGUGAACGCCAUGCAGCACGAGUCUGUGAACAAGCUUUGGACAGGCGACAAUGGUGGAAACCUCCGCUGCUGGGACGUGAACGCAACUGGCAAGGGGAUUGUUUGCGACUUCAACAGUCAGUCUGCAGGUUGGCUUUCUGGUCUGGCUUUGUGGCCAGAGCCAGGUGUCAUGGUAUGCUCACAUUCCAGUGGCAUGGGCUUCAUCGACACUAAAGCAGGGAAGGUCAUCAGGCAGCAGUACACCAAAGAGGCCGUUGGCAAGGUGACUUUGUUGAACGGCAGCAGCCCCAUGCUAUUUGCUGGCAUCGGUGGCGAGCUGAUGCAGUAUGACACGCGAUGCUUUGCGGAUGUUCAGGAGAAGCCAAAGGCCAUCGCCUCAUGGUCUUUGGGCUCACCAAUCACCUCCCUGCACUGCACCGAAACGGGGAAAGGGCACCUGCUAGUGGCUGCAGGUUGCAUGAACGGGAAAGUUGCAGCCUUCGAUUCCACUUAG